CAGGCCCGGUCUCAUUGGUGCGUUGCCCUGUCACACACAUUUCAACUCGCUGGCCAUCUUCCUGCUUGCUGCCCGUGUAAUUUGUAUUUGAGGAGGGGAGAGAGGGCUCGGGUUUCACGUUCGGGACGGAAGCGGGGAAGAAAUAAUUUAAAUGACACAAAUAUAUCGUGAAGUCUCACGGCAAGCAGCAAGCACCGAUUCCAGCGCACCGCACCCUUCCAACAGACGGCCCGAACGGGAAACCCCGAUGGGUAUGCGGGGAACUUUCACCGUGCCUGCUCCUCUUCGGCUGUCUUUUGUUUUUCAGCAUUAGUGCUUUAGCAAGCUGGCUAGCUGAGCUAAGAACUUAACGCCAGCCCUGCCUUGUGUCAACCGACACCGACGUUCAGGUAGCCUAGUCCUUGGAGUAACACUGUAGCCGGAACGUUACGAGUUACCCAGCUGGCCAGCACACACUCACGGUGAAAUGCGGUUCCGCAUUCUGCAUCUCAUUAUCUACAGUUCGUAGUCGCCUUUAUCCGAACAAAGGAGAAAUGAACUUAGGGGAGCCCAAUCAAUGUCUGUGACAUUCGCUACGGUUUCGGCGACAGAGAAGGACACUGAGCUUUACUUAUCAGACAAAAGACCUUUGUCCGGGAGGUAGGAUUCCGCGUGAGGACUAUGGCAUCGGUGAAAUCUAAGGCAGGAGCGAACAAUGAGAGCAGCCCGUACCGGGAGAGCGCGCGGGCAGGCGCAGGUAGCCCCUCGCUGGUGGCCGGUGCCGCAUCGCUGUCAUUGACCAGCAGCAGAGCGUACUCGCUCGAGGACUUUGACACCGUCGCCACUGUGGGCACAGGCACGUUCGGGCGUGUGUUUCUGGUUCGGGAUAAGAAGAGUCGUGGGUUCUUUGCACUGAAGGCCAUGAAGAUCCCCGACGUGAUCCGACUCAAACAGGAGCAGCACGUCCACAAUGAGAAGGAGGUCCUCAGUGAGGUCAACCACCCCUUCCUCAUCAAGCUGUUCUGGACUCAUCACGAUGAUCGGUUCCUCUACAUGCUGAUGGACUACGUUCCGGGCGGAGAACUCUUCAGCUACCUGCGGAGCCGCGGUCGCUUCGGCAACACCACGGGUAUGUUCUACUCGUCGGAGAUCGUGUGCGCCAUCGAGUACCUGCAUGCUCGGAACAUCGUCUACCGCGACCUCAAGCCCGAAAACAUCCUGCUGGACCGCGACGGACACAUCCGACUCACUGACUUUGGCUUCGCCAAGAAGCUCUCCGACAGGACCUGGACGCUGUGCGGCACCCCUGAGUAUCUGGCCCCAGAGGUCAUCCAGAGCAAAGGUCACGGCCGCGCCGUCGACUGGUGGGCCCUCGGAGUUCUCAUCUUUGAGAUGCUGGCAGGGUAUCCUCCGUUCUUUGACGACAAUCCGUUUGGCAUCUACCAGAAGAUCCUGGCCGGAAAGCUGGAAUUCCCACGCCAUCUGGAUUUCUACGUAAAAGAUCUCAUCAAGAAGUUUCUGGUUAUUGACAGAGCAAGGAGGCUGGGCAACAUGAAGAAUGGAGCAGACGAUGUGAAGAAACACCGCUGGUUCAAACCUGUCGACUGGGAUGCCGUCCCUAUGAGGAGACUCAAACCCCCCAUUGUCCCAAAGGUGUCUCACGAGGGCGACACGUCCAACUUUGACGUCUACCCCGAGGAUGAGUGGAAGAAGGAACCUCCGGUUCCGCCGAAGGACCUCGAGGUCUUCAAGAACUUCUGAGGCAUAUCACUCUCCUCCCCACUCUCACUCUAUCUCCCUCUCUUUCUCUCUCUGUUUCUCUAUCCCUCCCUCUUUAUCUCUCUCUAUCUAUAUGUCUCUCUAUCUGUGUCGUCCUGUGAAGAUGACCAGUCCAACAGUCCAGUUGUCCUCCAGGCUCCGAUCACAGAGCUUAAAAACACGCCCAUUGGUUUGGGCUUGGAUGGUACCGAUGCGUUAUGUCAGUCUUAACGUGUCUUUCUGCUGGAGUUCAAAGGUCGAAGGUCAAAGGUACAUCUUACACAGACUCUACUGGACACCUGAUGCCUUUGGGAGACCUUAAGUAGCCUACCUUUUACGCAGGGGCCUCCUAAGGACCACCUGGUGCUGGUGUUCCACCACGCUGGGGUAGCCCUGGCAGUUUGACCCCAAAGCUGACCAGAGACGUGGUAACAGUUUCGCACAGAUAGCCUGGGGUCUACAUGGAUGACACAGUCGUACGUGUGUGUGUGUGAGUGUGUGAGUGUGUGAGUGUGUGAGUGUGUGAGAGAGAGAGAGAGAGAGAGAGAGAGAGAGAGAGAGA